AAAAUUUACUACAGUUUCGUGUUUUUACAUUUCAUUAUUUAACUAUCAUCUUGGCAAGGCCCAGAAACCCGUAAAGCUGUUGACAAACAUCCUAAAACAGUGCUAUUAAAUAUUUAUAGUGCCUUGUUUCAGGAAUAGCUCAAGUCUAUAUAAGCCUAAUAUUCCAAUUCAUUCAUACAUCAUAAAGACACUAGAAAAUAAAAAAUCAAGUGUUAUUCAUGAUACAUCUUGUCUUCUACCAAUUUCAUGCUGCUAAACUCUAUAUUAGUUUGUUACUCAAAGGCUAAUCGUCCAAGACUGGGGUUAUUAGAAAUUUACCAGCAACCGUCUAUAACAUGUCUGAGGCAACUUCUUUGCCUAAAAUUGCGUUAGAAAAUGUUCAAGACUUUUUAUUUAUUAAAGAGCUACUGCGAAAGAAAACAAAUGAAAAGCUAGAACUGCAUCUUCCAGAGCAAGCAUCAAGAGAAGCUGGACAUGGGGAAGAAGAUGUUUUCAGGAAAAGAGUCAAAGUGAUGAUAAAUGAGCUUUUAAAUAAUGUCUAUGAAAAAAUGCUUCCAAACUUAACCAUCAAUGGAUUCGAAGCAAAGGAUGCUCUCUCUGAUCCUUCCGUUGCUGAUACUAUUGAACCUUUUGACUAUUCACUUAGAGCAAAAGUACAGAACUUAUACAACGACCUUGAGAAUGCCCACACCCAAAUUGCGCAAUAUCGAAAUAGAGUUCCUGACAUAUGUCAGAAGACAUUUGCAAAUACAAUAAAAAAUGAACUCGAAAUUUUGGAAAAAGCCGUGUCAGGGAAACAAAUUAAUGCUAACGAACCAGAACAACAAUUACAUCCUCUAGAAACCGAAGCGUCGAACACAACAGGCGACCCCUUCAUUAUGACAAUGAAACAAAGAUAUUUAGAUACACUAAAAAGCGUCUCUAUUUUGUCGAAGGAGAUACCGGAAGUAAUUGCUAAUUUAGAAGAGAACUUACAAUUCCCGCGGCUUAUGAAUGAAGAAAAUUAAGACGUUCAUAAGUGUUGCGGAGGACGAUUCUGGACUCGUAAAAUUUGUAACGGUAUAAUUAAUGUUAUAAGCGUAACUACAUAAGACUUUUGUUAGUACCCUUAAAUGCUCCAUUUAUGCGCAUAAGUAAAUUAGCAUCAUUAAAACGG